AUGGAAGCUAUGAUGCUGCAAGGUGCAAGACCAAGUUUGGUAAGGAAUGUGAUUGCUAACCACGGAUCAAGCUUAAAUAUUUGGAAUAAAUGUAUCGUGAGAGGAUUACAGACUAAACCAGUAUCGAACUUAAAUGGUUAUAAAGAAUAUUAUCAAGGUUUGAAAAAUGUAAUUAACAACGUUCCUGAAGAUCUUGCAACAAAUUCAAGUCUGUUGAAUAGUUUACAUAAAAGAUUAAAUUUACCAAAAGAAUUUAGUUAUUCUUUAUUAUCAAGAUGUCUAACUUGUCGCUCGUCACAAUUACCAAAUUUAUCACAAUUAUCUCAAGGAUCGGGGUAUGUCAAUACUGUCACUACAAGUAACCAAUUUGAUAAUCAUGGUUUAAAUAUUUUUGGAAAGAAUAUAUUAACAUACCAUGUAACACAUCAUUUGAUGAAGAAAUACCCAAGAUUGCCUACUGUGGUUUUAAAUGCAGCUAUAGAUGCAUACAUCUCACAAGAAGUUUUGGCUAAUGUCGGUAGAGGUUGGGGUAUCGAAAUAGAAGAUUCAUCGGUUUUAGAAAGAUUCUCAAAAAAUGAACCUUAUACUGUUACAUUAGGUAAACUGCGAUUUUUUAAUAAUACGUUGAACAAAGAGGACGGUAUCCUAGUCAUAUCUGCGGCCAAUUACUCAGAGAGUUCUGCAUAUGCUUUAGCAGUAAGAUCUAUUAUUGCCUCUCUUUGGGCAUCAACUUAUUCUGUCAAUGAUGCAUUGACUUCAAAAUUUAUUAAUGAUCAUAUUUUAAGCAGAAAAUUAGACAUUACAAAAAUUUUCCAAUUCGAACAACCAACUAGAGAAUUGUCCACCUUAUGUGCUAGAGAAGGUUUUGAAAGACCAAUAUCCAGACUAUUAGCGGAAUCAGGUAGACUUUCAAAGGCACCUAUUUUCAUCGUCGGUGUGUUUUCUGGUACUAAUAAAUUAGGUGAAGGUUUUGGCUCUUCAUUAAAGGAAGCUAAAGCUAGAGCUGCUACUGAUGCUUUAAUGAAGUGGUAUUGUUACGAACCAACUCAAUUGCAAUCGGAAGUGAUCGAUCACGGUACUGUUAUUGUAUGA